CUUCAGAGGAAUUCCUAUUUAAUUGGGUUACUUGAGUUUGCCUGUGUUUGCACAAAUGCUGUUCGCCAAAAAUCAAUUUUCAAAGCGGGGAAAAGGUCAGCAAGAAUGGCGCCUGCACCUUUAAAAUUAUACGGGUGCCUGCGCCUUUAAGAGGCAGCGGGCCCGUGGUGCUUAGCUGAAUGGGCAGGGACUGGAACCGAGCGUUUUAGAGGCGGGGAAACGGGAGGUCGAAUACACAUAUAAACGAACACGUGGGAGAAUCAUCGCCACAGGAUCAUAACAACAUGCCCAGAUAUGAGCUUGCUUUGAUUCUGAAAGCUAUGCAGCGGUUAUCAGGAAAACCUGCCUGACAAGGGACUAUUUAUGAGAGGACAAAAUACUCAUGGAACUUUAACUUGGCUAUUGCUAUAUUGCAUAACUGUUGAUAUUCUCUCUGCAAUAUCUGCUGCAGUACUGCAGGCUGUCCAGGCAAAUGCAAGAAUUUCUUUUUCUGACCAAGGUAUUUGAGUCUUUGAACGAAUUUGAUUUAUGGGAAAAUGGAGAUGUUUAAUACAGACACUAUAGUUCUUGGGAUGACCUUUUUGAUUAUAUUAAAUCUCCUGUUUAAUUUCCAAAAGAUUGAGAAGCCAAAAAAAUGGAGUAACAAUAUCAGAAAACGUUUGAAAAUAAUUCUAAGAGCCUUUGAAGGAUGGAAAGAAAUCUCUAUUGUCUCAUUGAAAUAAAUAGAAGAAAUUUAAGUUUUUAUUGAGUAGCUGUGUGUGCUGAAAUUAUGACGUCACACCAGGGGGGUGCUUUAAUGGUACAGUGGCAUUGUCCCUACAUCUGAAUCAGAAGAUCUGGGUUCAAAUCCAGCCUCAGAUAUGUCAAAGUAUCUGCACAUGAAAAGGUGGUCAAGUAGCUUAUUUUGGCUACUAAACAGUUAUUUAGUUGGUCUUGUUUCCCUGCUCUUUCUUUAUAGCUGUAAAUCUUUAUUUUUGUUCGAGUGCUGAUCCAGCAUCUUUCCUCAUGGUGUACUUCAGAACUUAAUUUUCAUAGUUCUUCUCCUUUUGACCUUCUGAUUCGUUUCUCACUUAUGAUAAGUCUGUUUCUUCUGGCUACUAACCCUCUUGUCAGUAGAAAUCUUUUCUCCCCAAAUAAUUAUUUUAAUUUUGAAGACCUGUUUAAAUCUAUGCUUAACUGUCUGUUCUCCAAGGAGAAUAACUCCUGUUUCUCUACAUAACUGCAUUUCCUUAUCUUGGGUGUCAUUCCAGCAAAUCUCUGUACCCUCUUCAAAACUAUUAUGCCCUUUCUAAUGUGGUGCCCAGAAUUGAUCUCAAUACUCCAGCAAGCAUUUUUUAAAAAUAAAGAUGGAAUUGAAAAAGAGAUAAAGGGACAGAAAGAAAAAGUGAAAACAAACUUUUAAUUUUGGAGCUUUUAAAAAAAGCCUCACGGAAUGAGACUCCACACUUUAAAUACGUUUGCACAUGAAUGGAAAAGCCCUGACCCUUUCUGUUAUGUUUACUGGGUAAGUACCACAUCUAUUUCAAUGAUGAAUCUCUUGGCCUGAUACCUUUUGUAUCAAUGUAGAAAAGCCAAAAAAAACAGACUUUCUAUCAUACUCGGAAAAAAGGCCAAGCAAAUCAACCUAGUUACCUACAUAGUUAUUAAGCGACUUGCAUGUGUGGAUUUUGGAAGUGGCUGUCCACUUUACUCCUUUUUAUACUAGUGAGUGCUAAGCCUCACUAUUAUUCUAAAUGCAAAAUAUAGACAGCACUUUUUGAUAGAGAAUUAUGGGAAGAACCCUAAAAAGUUUGGUAAACAGAAUAGAGGAUGAAAUAAAGUUUCCAGUAUCAAAUCUGGAUGUUUUAAAAUUUUUCUGGUUGUUUUGGGCAGGAUAUUGAUUUACUAUUGGAUUUUAAUGCAAAAUUAUUGUUCAUACUUUUAUUAAAGAAUUGGCAACAUAAAUAGCUGGAAACGUGCAGUAAAAUAUACAGUGCAAUAGCAGAAUGUUAUGAAGUUUGUAUCCACUCCAUAACUCUGAACUGGAGAUGUAUGGUAGGGGAUUGAUUUAUCUCCAACCAUAUAGCUAUUUUGGGAAAAAAAAAUCUUCCACAACGAUGUUCUCGGCCGAAAUUGGCUACAGUUUGAAAAUUUUAAACUAACAUUCCAAAGUUAUGAUAGCAAUAUAUUUUAAAGAUGUGAAUGUAAAUAGUGAAUAGGGAGAAACUCUGAAAUUUGAUGUAUAAGUUACAAGUUAAUGCAUGGUUAUGUCCUUUAACUAUAGGGGUGUGAUUAUAACUAUGUAGAAAACUAUAAAAUAGAGCUAUGAUAUGUACACUAGAUUUGAUGCUAGUAUCGGAUCAUUUAGCCUUUUGAAUGCAAUUACUCCAGCACUUCUGUUAAAGGUGCAUUGCUGUCAAUGGUGCUUACAGUGCAGCUGUAAGCUUAGGAUACCUGCACCAUUCAUGUGCUUCACGUGAACCUCAAGUGCAAAUCUUUUGGAAAACCCGUGGUUUCUCCUUUCUGCAUACGAGUGUAACUCUAGGCCUUACUAGACCUGUCAGCAACAGCUAAGAAAUUCAACACCAACAAAUUAAGCUGUGACAGUCUUGAGGAAUGCUACUAAAAAGAGCAUGAGAAAUAGUCAGAAGUGAAGUUAACAAGAUAAAUAGUAUUUGGCAUCCCAGUACCUGACAACUGGAAUCCUACAGUUUCAACCAAGGCAGCAAACCAAAGGACAAAUAUUUAUCACUCCAUACAAUUUUUUUUUUCCCUACUUCAUUAGCAAUCUUAACGUGCCUGGUUAUUGGAUAUCUUAUUCUGGUAAUUGAACUUAAUUGAAUCUGAAACAUUUUAUGAAAAUGUUUGGCUUGAUGGAACCAGCUGAUCUAGCUGUUGUAGCACUUUAUUUUGUCCUUGUAUUGUGCAUUGGUUUUUUUGCUAUGUGGAAGUCCAACAGAAGUACUGUGAGUGGAUACUUUCUUGCAGGACGCACCAUGACCUGGAUAGCAAUAGGUGCUUCAUUAUUUGUGAGCAAUAUUGGCAGUGAACACUUUAUUGGGUUAGCAGGAUCUGGAGCUGCCAGUGGAUUUGCAGUAGGAGCUUGGGAGUUCAAUGCAGUAUUGCUUUUACAGUUAUUAGGUUGGGUUUUCAUCCCUGUUUAUAUCAGAUCUGGUGUGUUCACCAUGCCACAAUACCUUUCAAAACGUUACGGCGGUAACAGAAUAAAAGUCUAUUUUGCUUUAUUGUUUUUGACAUUGUACGUUUUCACAAAGCUUUCUGUUGACCUGUAUGCUGGUGCGUUGUUUAUCCGGGCUUCACUCGGCUGGGACCUAUAUCUCUCUAUCAUCAUCUUGAUUGGGUUGACUGCAGUGUUAACUGUUACAGGAGGACUUGUGGCUGUCAUCUACACAGAUGCCCUACAAGCAAUUCUUAUGAUUGGUGGAGCUUUGACAUUGAUGGUUGUUGGAAUGGUCAAGGUGGGAGGCUUUGAGGAAUUGAAACGGAGAUACAUGUUGGCCUCACCAAAUGUUACAUCAGUUCUAGCCUCCUUCAACCUAAGUUCUACAAACACUUGCUGCAUUCAUCCAAAAGAUGAUGCUCUUAAGAUGUUACGUGAGCCGACUGAUGAGGAUAUUCCUUGGCCUGGCUUCCUGUUUGGUCAAACGCCAGUCUCUGCUUGGUACUGGUGUGCUGAUCAAGUCAUUGUGCAACGUGUCUUGGCAGCAAAGAACAUUGCUCAUGCCAAAGGAGCUACCCUAAUGGCUGGUUUUCUGAAACUCUUGCCCAUGUUUAUCAUAGUCGUACCAGGCAUGAUUUCCAGAGUUCUCUUUACUGAUGAGAUUAUUUGCAUUAAUCCAGAACAUUGUAUGCAAGUAUGUGGCAGCAGAGCAGGUUGCUCAAACAUUGCCUAUCCACGACUAGUAUUGGGAAUCUUGCCCGCAGGUCUUCGUGGCCUAAUGAUGUCAGUCAUGAUAGCAGCUUUAAUGAGUGACUUGGAUUCUAUAUUCAAUAGUGCCAGCACCAUAUUUACCCUGGAUAUUUACAAGCAUCUUCGAAAGGCUGCCAGCUCUCGUGAACUUAUGAUAGUAGGUCGUCUGUUUGUUGUCUUCAUGGUAGCUGUAAGCAUUGCCUGGGUUCCUGUAAUUGUAGAGAUGCAGGGAGGACAAAUGUACCUUUAC